UUUCCAAGGCGUCCUCAUACUUGGGGAGAAGAGGGGGACCAGGCUAGACACGAGAGAGAGAGAGAAAAAAAAAGAGAACCACCUUACGAAACUCGUCUCGUGAGAAAUUUGGAGUAAACCCUUGUCCGGUGCCCCUGUCCCUUUAUUCGCGAAAUAAUCGUUUGAGACGCGCGCCUAAAAGACCAAGCGCAAACUUCAGUCGGCGACACGUGUUUUCGCGCGAAGCAGUUCCCGGUGUGUGUCCGCGAUUCGAGUGUCCGCGUUCGUUUUCGUCGUGUGUCGGCUGUUAAUUAGAAAAUCGAUCCGUUUAAUCGCCCCGCGUCUCGUCGUAAUUCCUUCGUCCAACGUAAUUAAUAUAUUCUCGUCGCAAACUCGUCCGUCAAGUCGCCGUAUUCCGCGACCGCGAAAUAUGUCGUUCGCACGCAAGUACUUCAAGAGGACGCCGAUCUACGUGGUCGAGGAUCACGACGAGGUUUUGCCGUUCGUGUACCGGUGUCUGGGGUCAAAGCACCUGCCCUUCGAGAACAACACUUUCAUACAUCUGGACUCGCAUCCUGAUAUGCUGAUACCUAAAGAGAUGCCGGCCGAUACGGUCUGGGAUAAGAAUCAAUUGUUCGAUGCGAUCAGCAUCGAGAAUUGGAUUUUGCCAGCAGUGUACGCGGGUCAUCUCAAGAAUCUGAUCUGGGUGAAACCACCGUGGGCUAAUCAGAUGACGGAUGGCGUGCUGAUGUUUCUUAUCGGCAAGCAUAAGGAUAGCGGCUUGAUAAGAUUGACUUGCCCUGAACCGUACUUUCUUAGCGAGGGUUUAUAUGCAACACCAGAAGAACUUGAAAAUACUCGCGAGGUUACUCUGCACGUGAUAACCAUCGGAGUUUUCAUCGAAGAUUCGGCAAAGAAAGAUGACUUUAUUGCCGUCAGCUCGAUGUUACGUCAAUAUCUACCUGAAAAGGACACUCCAUAUAUCUUGGACAUCGAUCUCGACUUCUUCAGCACUAAAAACCCCUUCAAAGAUCUUCAUGAACGUGUAAACCUCUACGAUAAGUUGGCUCCAUUGUUUACAUAUAAGAGAGCAGAAUCAAAUGAUCCUGAGAUUCUGAAAGACUCCAUGAUAGAAAGAAACCAGCAACUCUCUGAAUUGAAGAAUCUUUUCGGCUAUUUAGAAGAACAUCGUUCCCUAAAAGAUUACGACGGCUCGAAGACAUCACGAUACGAAGCCGUGGAUCGACUUUUUCAAGAAGUAACGAGCGCCUAUAGAGAUUCUGAGAUCGAUUGGAUGCUAGUGUACAAUGCAGGUUGCACUAUAGAUGAUACUACUCUACCCGAGCACGUAACAGAACCCAACGAUCUCGAUCGCUUGAUUAAUGGAACAUUCAGACUAUUUUUGACGGCUCUUCCCACGUCUCCAACAAUCGUCACCAUAGCUAGAUCUAGCGAAGAUGAUUAUACUCCUCUCGAAAACGUCGAUCAAAUUCAAGUUGACGUUCUCGAUCAACUUCGCGAACGACUGGGCCCGGAAAUAGAUGUUAAAUUGAUAUAUCAACAAGAUGAAGAACAACAGUAAGUCCUGAAAAGAACUUAUAUGCUAUUGCUUUGAAAUUUCAAUUUUUCAAAUAAAAAUAUAUAUUCAUAUCAA